CCCUGCUUGCCUCUCUCCAUGCGCGCGUGUAGUGUGGAAAAACCGAAACGACAUCCACACGGCAGCGUCCGAGCACCACCAGCAACCCCUCCUCGCCGGUGACCGCCACCAGAUCCCGCGGCGGCGACCGCCGUCAUCCGCCACCUCCCGGCGGCAGCGAACCUGCGCGGUUCUCCGUUCGGAUCGCCCGGCGCGCUCCGAGCCAUUGACGAGCUCCCGUCCGCGGGAGCGGCAGCCGCGAACGCGAGCGCGCCUCCGCCGUUCGGCCCCUCGCCUCCGCUCCGCGACUCGAUUCCGUCGAUUCCGCGGGCUCCGGCCGCCAUGCGCGUGCCGCAUUCUCUCUCUCGUCUCCUUCUCUAGCCUCUCCGUCGCCGCCGCCGUCGCCGUCGCCGUCGCUCGCUCGCUCGGCUUGCAUCUGAGCUCGGGGAUCCGAAGAGGAGUGCGUUCGUCGCCAUGUCGGACUGGUUCACCUCCAAGCUCAAAGCCGCCGAGAGUAUUCUUCAGAAGAUCGAUCAGCAAGCGGCCGAGUCGCUCCGUAAGGAUGAGAGGCCUCAAUCUGAUGGUUUAAGCGUUGACACUGUGACGAGGACUGGAGGCCCGGUGCCUUUGAAGGAUCAAUUGAAAAAGAAAUCGCCGGAUAAUAGUGACCAUGGGGGUAGAUUAUUUAGUGAUUUCAGCAGUAGCACGAUUAGCCAACAUGAAAGUAAUAAGGGGAUUGUGAGCGCUUCGAGCCCGAAACCCAAUCCGACACCUAACUCCAAUGUUACUGAUGGUGACUGGACUGAGCUGUUGAGCUCGCAAAACCCACCAUUAGCCUCCCCUGUGAAACGUGGCAAUGGGUUGCCUGGGGUCGUCGGUGGUAAGAAUAGCUACAGGAGGCAGGGGAGCUUUGGUUCUAAUUCGAUGUCGAUGGAGCUGAAGAGGAACCAAAAGACCAGUAAUACUGUUGCGAAAGUGUCUAGGAGGUCAGGCAGUCUCAGGGACAACAGGUUGAAUGGGAAACCUGCUGAUGCGGAAGACUCUGGGUUAUCUGAUUCUACAGGCAUGAGCAUGACUCCAGAUGUUAAUUCAGCAAACAAUGGGAAGUCCGUGGAGCAACAAGCUUUGCAUCAGAAGGUUGCAAAAGGAAAUAUGAUGCUUAAAGCAUUGCCUAAGGAGAGUAUGGAGAAUGUUGGGCAAUUGAAUGUUGUCCCCCUUCGGGAGAAUGUCUCUCAUUUAGUAGAUGGCAGUGGUUCCACUGUUCUACCAAUCAGUGCUGUUGAUGCUGCUUCUCAAUUGAAGGUAGGAUUUAAUAGAGAUGGUCAUGGGGUACAGGGCACUUUGGGUACUUCUGUUCCUAGAGAUGUCAAUGGGAUAAGUGAUGCUGGUUCAGCCUCAGAGACUUCAUCUGGUUCAGCAUCCAAUUCUGAGAGUGAAGAUGAACGGGAAAGAGAGGAGAGAAGAAAAAGAAGGGAGAAGAUUCUUGCUGAGAAAGCAGCAGCUAAGUCUGUUGAGGCCAUUAGAGAACGUGAGAAUAUGGUUGCAAGGUUGGAGGGAGAGAAGCAGAGUUUGGAGAAAAUAAUCGAAGAAAGGGCAAAGCAACAAGUGAAAGAGGCUUCGGAACUGCAGACAACAAUGAUGGAGACUAUGGAUGCUGUGGAGCUGGAAAAGCAGAAACACAAUAAUACCAGAAUGGAGGCCCUUGCACGGUUAGCUAAACUGGAGACAGCAAAUGCUGACCUAGCCAAAUCUCUUGCAACUGCACAAUGGAAUCUUGAAGUAGAGGUGAAGAAGGUGGCUGAACUUCGGCAACAAAUUGAGUUGAAAGAAGUAGCCCACGAAGAACUAAGAAGGAGGAUCUCCAACAGCCAUCAGACGGGACCCUCUGGAAAGCAGUUAGCCUCUACAAAGGCAUUGGAAGUUGAACGAGAGCUGCUUGAGGCAGAGUGUUCUUUUCUUGCUGACAAAAUUGAGAAGUUGGAGGAAAAGGCCAAGAAUAUUGAAGCAAACAUUGAAAUGACAAGGAAGGAAAUGGAGGAGCCAACGGAAGUAGAACUUGAGCUGAAGCGACGGCUGGGUCAGUUGACUGACCAUCUAAUUCAGAAACAAGCCCAGGUCGAAGCUUUAUCCUCGGAGAAGGCAACUCUCGUCUUCAGGAUUGAGACGGCCUCGAGGAUGCUGGACGAGGGCAAUUCAGCUAUCAAUGUGGACAGCUUCUCCAGCGUUCCCUUGAAGGACAUAGAGACGGGCACCUGGGAGCUAUUCAACUCGAGGACGAGGCCCUCACUGGAAGCCAAAAUCCGGUCCGGGAGGGAGCAACUGCACGUGCUGCUCCGGCAGCUGGACGCCAUAAUCUUGGCCGGUUCCGUUUUCCUGAAGAGGAACCCCACGGCCAAAAUCUGGUCUCUUGUCUACGUCGUGUGCCUCCACCUGUGGGUGCUCUACAUCUUCACGUCCCACACGCAGCCGACGCCCGACACCCGAUCAGGUGCCGUCGUGUCCUUGGAAAACAUGAACAGCUCGGGCGUCUGAUAUGGCGUGCGCAGGGCGUUUUCUGAUUAUUUGACGCGGUCCUUUGCCUCUGCAUAUUUUAGAGGCGCAUUGGUUUUAUACCUGGUUUCUGGGCCAUGCUCAUGCAAUUUUUCCUUCGUGGCCUCCUUAAAUAAACGAAAUACAGAGAAAUGUAAUGUAUAUUUUCGAUCUUACAAAGUAUAGAGUGAGCCAUGUUAGCUGCGGAAAGUUUCCGCAUCCCACUUUCAUUUU